GGAUGUAUAAUGGUCCAAGAAGUGAAGGCAACAAAUUCCCAAUUGGCUGCAGAUGACUGAAGUCUGUCUCCACCCACAGACUCAGCACAGGCUGCUCAGCUGAUUUGGUUUAGUUGUUAGCAACUGUGCUAAUCUACAGACUUAAGCCAUUCCUGGCUCCGUGGAAAAAUACAGCAGGGAAGUGGCUGGCGAUACCUUGGAAAUUUUUUCUUUUUUUUUUUCUUCUUCUUCUUCUUUUUCUUUUUUUCAAGUGAGGCAGGCAGCAUGGUGCGCGGACCAAUCCGGCAGUGAUCAGAGCGCAGAGGAGCCGAGAGGAAACAGGCUUUUGUUGCCGUGAAAACCCGGGCUGAGAGGAAUACUCAUCACUUUUGCUGUCGCUGUGACCAACUCUCGUGGGAGUGGGGCUUCGUCAUGGAGGGGGAAUUUGUGGGAGGAAACAGCCUUGAUGUUCCCAGUCCAGAUAGCAAGUUGGUGAAGAAGACUCAACUGCUGGACCGUGGCCAAUGGGCGAGCAAGUUGGAGUUCCUACUGGCUGUGGCAGGAACCCUGGUUGGGCUGGGAAACCUCUGGAGGUUCCCCUAUUUGUGCUAUAAAAAUGGGGGAGGUGCAUUUCUAGUUCCAUAUGUCUUGUUUCUGCUCGCUUGUGGUAUCCCCAUGUUCCUCCUGGAGACGGCCAUGGGACAGUUUACAUCUCAGGGAUGUAUCACCUGCUGGAGGCACUUCUGCCCCCUGUUUGAAGGUCAGUGUACCGUGUAGAAACUCCUCAUAUUAUAUGUUGCAGAUCAGUGUGUAAAGAUGUACAAAAUGGACGUUAUAAAGGAAGCGUGUCACCCAUGGUUGGUGCUAAUAACAAGAGGUUGGGGGGCAAAUUGAUCAUGGGAAUGGUGAUUUUUGCUCGGUGGUUUUUGGAUAAUAUGCUGUAAGGAUGUACAGAGUCAGGGUAUUUUAUAUAUACCUACACGUAACGUGAAGUUAAUCUGCACCAAAUAAUCGAUAAAAACCUAUAUAGUAUGUAAUUUCUGCCACUCGGCGUCUCGCAACCAAAACAACAACUCAUUUUCGAUAAAGCUGAAACGAUUACUGGAUCGAUUCAUAUGAUUAAAACAAGAUUUCUGAUUGUUUUCAGCUUCUUAAAUGUGAAUAU